CAUUGCCAUUCCGACAUCACUCUCUGGACUGUGUGGCACACACUCUCACACUAUCUCUCUCUCUCACACACACACACAUACAUUCAGCUUUUUGUCGACAUGAGACAGCCAGCGUCACACACACACAGAAAUCAUCUGUGUUGAAUAUGUAGUUGUGGGAGUACAGCUGACGGAUCGGGACUUCAUCCAUGGAUGUAACAUCUCCGGAGGUUUCCAGUGCGCACCGUGGAUUCAGCGGCGAUCAGAUUGCUUUUCGCAGAGGAAAUACGCCUUCCGAGCCGGAGAGCAACCAAUCAGCCGUGGCGAACCAAAGAUAAACAAGCCUUAUGAAAAGACUAAACUCUCAGGUCGACUCAGGCUGUGAGCAGCCGUGGUGAACUAUCAUGCUGGCCUGUAUCCAGAGACAGCAGACCCUCUCGUCGCAGCGUCUGGCCUGCACUCCCAAAAGCCUCGAUGUUGCUCUGCCGCCGAUCCUGCUGCCAGCACCACCGCUGCAGCCCUGCACCCGCAAAGGCGACUCAGCCUCCAUGAUUUCCCGAUACCCUUCUCCAGCGGAGUUGGACGCUUUCGCUCAGAAGACUGCCAACAGUCCACUGUCCAUUAAAAUCUUUCCGUCCGAUGUGCGGGUGCCGCAGCAGAAGCAAAUCAACAAAACCGUCAACGGCUUCGACACCACAGGCCAACGCUACAGCCCGUAUUCACACCCGUGCUCAGGAGGCCACCGGGGCUUGUUGGCUGUCAUCAAAGCCUCCGUGGUGGCCAAAGGUGUGGUGAAAAGCUCCGAGGGCAGGAGGACUAAACAUGCAAAUCCCCAGGCCCCCGUGGCACCGUAUAAUAAUCCACUAAAUAUUGGCUGUGCUGUCAGACACGGGCACAAGGCCUAUCAUGUAAGUGCAUGUAAGCUCUCUGAUGUGCCCAUUGAGACGCUGUGUUCCCGUGCGGGGAUGACCUCUGGAGAUCAGAGCUUGCCCCCCCAGUCUGAGCUGGCAAAGGUUCAAAGCCUGAUGAGGCAGAUGAGCAGAGUGCCCCACAGUCAGGCCCUGCAGCUGGGUGGGGAGGCUCGAGCCAGCCCCUCUCUGCAUGCUGUGGCCGCAGUGGCACAUUCAGACUCUGACUUUGUUCUGGGAGUGCCGCCCCAGAGCAGUCUGGCAUACACAGGAGCGGUGCUACCUACGCAGAGUGCAGAUAUAGCCAAAGCUGGUUACUUGGAGAAGGGAGACUACGCAGUGUGGCAGCACAAGCAUCCUCUUCUUCAGCAGCAGCAGCAGCAGCAGCAGUCGUAUCAGCAGGUACCAGUGAGGAUGUACAGUGUGGGCAAUGGCGCUCAGGGGCAUAGAGCAGCACAGACUGCUGUCGGUCAGUCUCCUUUGACGUGCUCCUCGCAGCUGUCUUACAGGCCGCAUCCUGCCAGUGUGGGUGCUGGGCAGGAGCGAGUCAGUGGCUCCUCUCUGAACUGUGCCCCCAUGCAGGGGGAGUUCUCUGUUGGACAGUACUACGCUCCUCUCUGGGAUAACGUUGUGGCCACCCCCAACAGUGACUGUUAUACUUCUCAGGUGCUGGCGACGGGUACAUGCGCAACCAGGCCCCGAGCCCUGGGCCUGUCCCAUUCCCAUCUCCACCCGACUCACCAUCAGCGUCACCACCACCACCAGACGCAACUCCCCCCUCCUGUCCCGCAACACAUCCAGGCCUACGCCACAGACCCAAACCUCUGUUGUGGGCUGCCCACGUCUAGCAUGUGCCACGCUGCAGUACUCAGCAGCAGCCUGCAGUCUCUGGAGUGCCUCAUCAGUGAGAUCCACCCUCCGUGCAUCAAAGAGCGCAUGCUGGGCCGCGGGUACGAAGCCAUGGGAAUGCCUCAGCUGCUGGAGCACCACCAGAACACCCACAUGCAACUUCCCGUCUACAGAUAGGACGCGGCGCUGGCACACAGCGGGGCGGUGCAGGAGUGACAGACCUCUUAUAGACGGUGGAAGUGUGUCAGUACAUACUGUACGUCUGUGUGUGGGAAGGAGACAUGCCUUUAAUGUCUGUGCAUGUAGUUCAGCAGAAGGCUUUUGUGUCUACGGCCCGGAGGUAAACGAUAAUCAUGACUUUAGAUAAGUGUUUGUUUUCCUUGCUUUCAUUUUUUUUCUGUGUUAAACGGCCAUUAAAAGAUUGCCUGCUGUUCUCCGUUUAAUUAAUGCUGAUUUUGGAGUGCCCAAUCAGAGAUUUGCCGUCACAUUUCAACGCGCAACACUGUGUGUGUGUGUGUGUGUGUCUGCAGGUGAUUCUUCUGUGGCCCCUUCAUAUAAAUAUGGGAAAACUCGCUAAACUGAAGUAAUCAUUGGUACCUUUCCUUAAAAACACUUGACUCUGGUAACUGUUUUUUUUUUUUGGCGAUAUAUGAUGUGUUUUACUUACUCGAGAGGGAACAUUCUUUUAAUUAUUAACUGAAAUUGUGGUUUUCUUUUGUUGUUUUUACUGUGAAUUGGAUUUUUGCCGUCAUCAUGCUCAACAUAUUAAGGACUGUUGCAUUUCCAAAUCAACACUGUGGCAUCCACGCCAAGCAUGAUGAGUUGUAUUUUCUUUUCUUUUCUUUUUUUUAAAAAACAAGGUUGCGUGUGUGGACUUUUUUCCUCUCGAAUGACAAUGUCUCUUCCCCUGGUGGGUUGCGGCACUGUGACACAACACCCGGGAGCAAUGCAGUGCCAUGUUGGAGAGCUCAGGCCCACCUGAAUCAUGUACACUUAUCUUCUUUUUAGGGCUACAUUAUCUCUGAUGGUGUGAGAUGUGUGACUGAGUAGAUCGAUGUACGUCUGCACUGGUUCAGUAAUACUAUUUAUUUAUGUCAGGCCUGUUGAGUUCCAUAGCAAAACUGUCUUUAUAAUUAUGAAGUGCAAUUAUUAUAUAUGAACAUGUGAAUGCUCUCUCCAUGAAGUACGUUGUUGAAAUAACUACAUUUUGGCCCCCCCCCCCCCCCCCUCUUUUUUUUGCCUCUUCUUAAUAAGGAUUGUCAAGUAAAUGAAAUUUUCUAAGCCCAGCAAAGUGUCUGUUGUUGAUUUUUAUUAGUUAUGUGAUAAACAUGUAGCCGAAAAGAGGGUUUAGGUAAACUCAUG